AUCAUCAUCAUCAUCAUCACCAUUGAACAUCCAAGGUUAGAUCUCCAACUUUUCGACAUACCUACCUUACUCCGGCCAAUUCGACUUGUGAGUUAGUUAGGAAAAUAACCCGGACUCAACAUAUCUUAAACAUAUCUCCUACGUACUACAAGAGACACAUAGCUCAGUUUCCUACAACAGCUAACCCCUCCUGAGCCAACUCAACCUCCUGAACCCAUCCAUACAAACAAACCACCCGCAAUGGCUCAACUCAAUUAUCGCACCAUCAACAUCGACGUGCUGGACCCCGAGUCCUCCGCCAACUUUCCCAUGGAAACCCUCCUCCCUUCUAACCUCCCAGCCCCGACCACAUCCAGCGACGCCGCAAACGUCGCCGCCCAGGUGCGCCAGCUACUCCGCAGCGGAGACUCCGAGGGAGCUCUGCGGGCUGCCCUCGAUACGGCCCCGCUAGGCGGAGACGACCGCGCGAAGGAGGUUCAUCUGGCUACCGUCGUGGAGGUGCUACAGGGUAUCCGGCAGGGCGAGAUGACAAGAGUGUUGGAGGGGGUGUGCAGUGGACCGGGUGGUUCCGAGAGGGCGGAUUGCUUGAUGAAGUAUUUAUAUAAGGGUAUGGCGGCACCUGGGCCCAGCAGCGGGACACAAUCGCCUCGUAAGUCGGUCUCGCCACAGAGCACCGGGUUCUCGCAGAUUCAGGCCAGGAACGCCGGCGAGGGCGGCGGUAGUCAGCAGAUGAGUGUUCUGCUGAGCUGGCAUGAGAAGUUGGUGGAUCUGACGGGGACUGGGUCGAUUGUUCGUGUGAUGACAGAUCGGAGGACGGUCUGAUUGGGCACUUAUAUUCUGAGAACUGGUAUGAGGAGGUAGGGGAUAGAUAAACUGGCGAUUGGGAGGAUCGUUGAUAUUCGAAAUGUGUUUCGUUCGUGCUGUGUUUUAUACUUCGCUGUCUUCGCUUUUUUGUCUUCCUCCGGCCCCGCAAAUGGAUGAUAUCCUAGAUUGUAACCGUAUAGUAUACAUAUUGCGAACAAAAAUAGUUUACAAUGCCAUCCGUCUCAUUUCUGAUUUGAGAA